UUACUGUCCAGAAGGUCUAGUAGCAUAUUCUUUUUGUGCUCCAUUUGAGAUCCAAUUUCAUGUUGUGUGGGUAUGCCCGGCCGAGGAGGGGCUUGGCAACUACGUUGAGUGUGAGUAAGCACAAGGCUGGGCUGUUUGACAGCCUGUAUUUUACAUUCACCGCGCCUGCUUCAUGCCCAACGGGUACUUGAACUCCUUCCCUUGUUCCGCAAACAAAAUCUCCCAAGUUGAAAUUUAUCGAAUAUUUGGUCUGAUCAGCUCCGCCAUCUUCAUUGCAACUCUCCAUUCGUCAUGGCCUCAACUUACAAGAUCGUAACUCUGCCCGGAGAUGGUAUCGGCCCGGAGGUUAUCGAGCAAGCAAGCCGAGUCUUGGAUGUCAUCUCUGAAUCUGGCAAAGUCAAGUUUGAAGUCAAAGCUUGCGAUUUCGGCGGGAUCGCUAUCGAUAAUCACGGCAACCCACUUCCACCCUCCACGCUCCAAGCUUGCCAAGAAGCUGAUGCGAUCCUCUUGGGUUCGGUUGGAGGACCCAAGUGGGGCGUAGGCAAAGUAAGACCUGAACAAGGCUUACUAGAGCUGCGAAAGACCCUCGGUUUAUACGCCAACAUUCGACCAGCUCUAUUCCCUUCGGAGUCCUUGGUCCAACUCUCUCCUCUCAAAGACUCGAUCGCCUCUGGAACCGAGAUCAUAGUGGUGCGAGAGCUGAUCGGAGGGAUCUACUUUGGCCAACGAACCGAGGCGAGCUCGUUCGAGGCCGACGGCGGAGAAGCAAGCGUUGCCAAGGAUGAAUGCAGCUACAGUGUCGCCGAAAUCCAGAGGAUCGCUCGAGUCGCCGCCUUUUUGGCAAUGACCACCUCUCCUCCCAUGGCUGUUCAUUCAGUCGACAAAGCUAACGUUUUGGCAACCUCUCGUCUUUGGAGGAAGGUCGUCACCGAUCUGUUUGCUAAGGAAUUCCCUCAACUUGCGUUGGACCAUCAUCUCGUCGAUUCAGCUGCCAUGUUGAUCUGCUCCAACCCUAAAAAGCUAAACGGAAUCGUCUUGACCGAAAACCUCUUUGGCGAUGUUCUCAGUGAUGAAACCUCUGUGAUUCCGGGCUCGCUCGGCCUUCUUCCCUCGGCAUCCUUAGCCGGAAUCCCUGACCGCAAGUCGAAAUGUUUGGGUGUCUAUGAGCCAAUCCACGGGUCUGCACCAGACAUCGCUGGCAAAGGGAUUGCCAAUCCAGUCGGCACAAUCCUGUCCGUGGCACUCAUGUUGAGAUACUCACUGGGCUUGGACCGCGAAGCAGAGCAGAUCGAGCUGGCCGUCCGCCAAGUCUUGGAUUCCAAGGACGCUGGCGGUCAUGGCCUACGAACGGCUGAUCUCAAAGGACAAGCAUCGACUAAACAGCUCGGCGAUGCCGUCGUCUCAGCCCUCAAGACCAUCAUUUCCUCCUGAUCGCUACAGUAUUUCCAAAAAUCAUGGUGCAUGGGUACAUAAACAUGUAAACCUAUCUUGAUUGAGCUUAAAAAACAUGUAGAUGUGUACAUAUUUGCAUACAUAUAUCAUCUGUGUCUGGAUAGUCUCAAUUGAUUCAACUGAUAGGAGACACUAGCAAGCGAAUAUUUCGGAAGUUACUUGCUCUUCUCAAGCAACAUUGAGCUGGCCCAUAUAUUUCACCUUUCAUGGGAGCCUAAAAGCAGCAUGGGAGAGUGACGGUGUUAUACACCUGCUC